AUGGGCGAGCCCUUGACCAACGGCGAGAAGCCUUCCUCGCACUUCGUUUCUCACCUGUCGUCGUACCCCGUCGUCUCGGAUCUUAUCAGCACCUACAAGUCCAACCCGUACGGCCAGAAGUCGCUCGACCUCAGCAAUGCCGCCUAUGACCGCUUCGGCAAGCCCAUUGUGCCCUACCUGUCCAAGCCCUAUGGCUUCGUCGCGCCCUACGUCCAGCGCGCCGACAGCCUGGCCGACAACGGCCUGAGCGAGGUUGAGAAGCGCUUCCCCAUCGUCAAGGAGAACACGUCGACCAUCAAGGACAGGGUUGUCGACGUCGCCUUCUUCCCGCUGCGCAUUGCCGGACACGGCAAGGACUAUCUUUACAACACUUACAGUGACGAGUACCAGAAGACGGGUGGCAACGGCGUCAUCACCACCGCCAAGGCCAUCCUCAGCACCGAGCUCAAGAUUACAUCCGAUGUGCUGCAGUUGAUCGCCGACUACCUGGGCCCCAAGAAAGAGGAGGCGAAGAAGUAUGCGCAAGAAAAGGUCAACAACUAA